AUGGUCCGAAUGAACGAUUGUGAAUAUAAUCCAUCAUCAUUUAUACAACUAUCGCCAUUUAUUCAUCAAGUUGGCGGUCAUUCAUCAAUGUUUCAAUAUGAUCAAAAUACCGUUUGUAAAUUACUUGCACCAGCUGAAUAUGAUUUUUAUCAAUCAAUACCUGAUUCAUUAAAAGCAUUUACACCAGCAUUUCGAGGUAGUAUUACAGUUCAAUAUUAUGAAGAUGAAUCAGGUUAUAUAAAACUUAUUGCUUAUCCUCAAACAAAUUCAUUAGAAAAUACAUCAUCAAUAAAUGAACAAGAUUCAUUAUUAAAUAAUGAUCAACAAUUAUCGGAUAAUAUUUUAAAAAAAUCAGUCCAAUUACGUUGUUCAAAAGAUGGACGAAUUGAUUAUUCGAAUAGUUUAAGUAGUGAUAUUGUUAAUUAUGAACCAGGAAAAACAAUAAUGUCUAUUAUCAAUCCUUGGAGUUUACAAUUAUGUAAAAAACAAGCCGAAAAAUUACAUCGACAAUUAAUUGGCGAUGAAAAUGUCACUGUUUCACAGAAAUAUAUAUUAUUAGAAAAUGUUACUGCUCAAUUUCAUAAUCCAUGUAUACUUGAUUUAAAAAUGGGUAAAAGACAAUAUGGUGAUAUUGAUUCAGAUAAAAAACGAUUAUCAAAAAUAAAAAAAUGUGAACAAUCAACAUCAUCAAAAUUAGGUGUACGUCUAUGUGGAAUGCAAGUUUAUCAAGUUGAUAGUGAUCGAUAUAAAUGUACAGAUAAAUAUAAAGGACGAAUAUUAACUAUUGAUGAAUUUCGUUCAUCAUUAGUUCAAUAUAUUGAUAAUGGUCGUAAUCAACGUCUUGAUAUUCUACCUGAAAUAAUCAAACGUCUUGAAUCAUUAUAUCAAACAAUAAAUUCAUUAUUAAAAUAUCGUUUUUAUAGUGGAAGUCUUUUAAUUGUUUAUGAUGGUUCACCACAAUCAAAUUUAAUUGAUAUACGUAUGAUUGAUUUUGCUAAUACAAUACUUGGUACAUCAACUAAUGAUGAAUCAGUAAAUAAUCAUUUUGGUCCUGAUAAAGGUUAUUUAUAUGGACUUGAACAAUUAAUAGGAAUUUUUCGUAAGAUAUUAGAUGAUGAUGAUGAAAGUACAAUGGAAUCGUCUGAUUCGCAUUAG